CCCGCGGGCGCCGCAUGGCGUGGGCCUGAUGCCGGAGCGCGGCCCGGCGCCGCGGCGGCGCUGCGGGAGGAGGAGGAGGAGGAGGAUGGCGGGGCUGGCGUGGAAGUGGCCGCGCACCCGCCUGCCCGUGGGUGCCAGCGCCCUGGGCGUCUUCGUCCUCUGCUGGCUUUACGUCUUCCCCGUCUACCGGCUGCCCGACGAGAAGGAGAUCGUGCAGGGGGUGCUGCUGCAGCAGGGCAAGGCGUGGAGGAGGAACCAGACUGCGGUCGCCCUGUUCAGGAAACUGCUGGAAGAAUGCUGUGACCCUGGGCAGCUCUUUGCUAUGACAAAGCUGAACUCCCCGAUGGGAAAGAACCUCUGGUUUGAUGGGGAAUUUUUAUAUUCUGUCACUAUCGACAAUGCAACUUACUCGCUUUUCCCACAGGCUACUCCUUUCCAGCUGCCACUGAAGAAAUGCUCCGUGGUGGGAAACGGUGGGAUCCUGAAAAAGAGCGGCUGCGGCAAACAAAUAGAUCAAGCAGAUUUUGUCAUGCGGUGCAACCUUCCUCCUCUAUCCAGUGAAUACAGCAAGGAUGUUGGAUUGAAAACCCAGCUGGUGACUGCAAAUCCCAGUAUAAUUCAGAAAAGGUUCCAGAAUCUGCUGUGGUCUCGCAAAGCGUUUGUGGACAGUGUGAAGGUGUAUAACCACAGCUACAUCUACAUGCCAGCCUUCUCGAUGAAGACAGGGACAGGACCCUCCCUACGUGUCUAUUACACCCUGGAGGACUUCGGUGCCGACCAGGCAGUUCUUUUUGCCAACCCCAAUUUCCUGCGUGACAUUGGCAAGUUCUGGAAGAGCAAAGGUAUCCAUGCCAAACGGCUUUCCACAGGACUUUUCCUAGUCAGUGCUGCCCUUGGUCUCUGUGAAGAAGUAACAAUUUAUGGCUUCUGGCCGUUCUCGGUGGACCUGCACGGGAAGUUUAUUAGCCAUCAUUACUAUGACAAUGUCUUGCCUGAUUCUGGAUUCCACGCCAUGCCGGAGGAAUUUCUACAGCUCUGGUUUCUUCAUAAAAGUGGUGUACUGAGAAUGCAGCUAGAACCGUGUGAGGACCCUUUAAUCCAGUCUUCUGCCUGAGGAUCAUAGGAGUUGGUUUGGGAGAUCCAGUAGUUUUUAAUUUCCAUGCUCUCCAAUGAGAGUUCUGUUUUCUGUUGAUUCUUUUUAAAGGGAAAAUAAUUGUGGAUCUGCAUGGACCAUAAAAGUGCUACUCGAAGGCCGAAUGGAAUAUGUCCUUAAUGUAUAGUGCUCUGUGGAACUGUGGUGGGGGGCAGUGAAUCUUUCCAUCAAGUCCAUUCAGCAGCGUCUUGAAAAUAAUGUUAGAAGCAGCACAGCUAACCUUUCUGGGGAACAUUUUUAAAUGACUGAUGUAAAAAGGGCAUUAAGGCUCAGAGAGACACAGGGCCACCCACAAACUUUUGCUGACAGUGCCAAAUAUGACUGUCUGUUCAAAAAUCCAUUUCAUUCCAGAUUGGCACCUCGUACAACUUUCCUUUUUCCUUUUUUUAUUUUUUUUUUCUCUGUUUGGGGGUGUGUGUGUGUAUAGGAGAGCAGAUGUGUGUUGUUGACUUUGUUUCUUUCUAUUUUUUUUUUUUUCCCCCCCCAAUGGAAGGAAAAGGAAAGGCCUAAAACCCCCAGGAGCAGAGUACCAUCAACUCCACUGAAGACUCUUGAGAGAGUGAAGGGUGCUAAGAAUCUGAUUAUAAGAAUGUCCUAGGAAUGCCCUGCUACUGAGUGUGGAUCAACCUACCUGUUGUAGAUUUUAUCAGGAUAGUUUAGGUCGUUGCACUUACAGCUCUGCUGAUGCUUUACUGUGGGUAAGAGAUGGUUAAGGGAAAUGGGUCUGAAACUAAAAUAUAUGUGUUACAAAGCCAGUAGUGAAAUGCGGUCUGGUUUCAAUUGACCUGCUGCAAGAUUUCCACAGUGACUUUUGUAGUAGGGAUGGUUCCUGACCUGUUUUGCUGUCCAGCCUUAGGGAUUAAAUCUGUAUUCUUUUGGACUCCAGAUGUUCAUUGACUGUUGAGGGGAUUUGAGGUGUUCAGUGGAAUGUAGAAUGAGGUUCUUCAUUUUCUUAUAGCAGAAAAACUGCAGAAAUGAAUGUAAGCAUCAUUUAAAAUGAGUUGAAGCUUUGAAAAUCCUUUCUUUUUGUGUGAUUAGCUCUUCUGCUUGGAUUGUAACGUUAGCCUUAAAGAUUUGUACUUUUCUCGCAAAAUUGUCUGUGGUUAGAGAUAGUCUGAAAAAUAAAACAGCCUUUGGGAGCACUGAAAAGCUGUGUAGCCAACAAGAAAAAAGGGAAACAUCAGGCCCUUACGUAAGGCAGCCUCUCUCCUCACAGUGGGUGAAUGAUGCCAGUGUGCGCGUUGCACACACGCUGCUCCGGCCAGCGCAGCGCCUGAAGGACUGUUUUAUUUUGGGUUAUUACUUGGGCAGCAGAUGGUCCUAUCGCUAUGUAAAUGAGAAAUCUUUUUGUUUGUUUGCUUUGGUUUAGCACUGUAGGACAAGAAGAGAAUACCAGCUCAGUCCACAGUGCAGUUUCAGCUGCGAGAUGUUAUCACCAUUAACUUUAAAAAUCCAGAUCAGUGUUCUCUUUCUUGUCCUUCCAUCAUUAGUAGCUGAAAUUCUAGUCAAAGUGUUGAAACAACAAAACUGUCAUUGGGUUUCCACAACAAUUUCCUGUGCUACCUGUUUUAGCUCCAAAGUGCUAGUAUUUUGGGGGAUGUGUCCUGUCAUAUGUUGAUAACGUCUCUCUUUGUAGACUACCAGCUGCAAGUUAUAUAGAUAUAAUUAAAAAAACAAAAACAAAAAAAAAAAAAAAAAAAAGCAAAAUCCGUGGCUCUUCUUUAAGUAUGAAUAAUUCAGCUAUGUAUAUAGGACACCAGAAAAAAAAAAAAAAAGUUUUGCUUUUUAAACCUAUGUUUCUUAAUAAAGUCUUUCUUAAUAUGGCUAUUCCAAGAAUAAAGUGGGCACUGUUCCAUAGGAUUACAGGACUGUGCUAAACUAUAACAUGGAGAUUUGGAUUAAAUAGCGUUCUAGAGAUUGUUCUGGUAAAAUCCAAAUGUGCUUCUAUAACUCAUUUUAUCUUUGUCCAGGUUUUUAUUAAAAGCACAGUCAACACACUGAUGGAAUGUCACUUGAUAACUCGUUCCCUUUUGUUAUGUUUGUUUGAUAUAUGAUGUGGGUACUCAAUGAGGAGGGAUUUGAAAGUAAAAUAAUUUCUUUAGUGCUUGUGGCAGAAUUUUACUGAGCUGCCUUUCUUGGAGAAGAAGAGGUGCUUGUAUGGUUUUUAUUGUACACGUCAAGUUUCACACUUUUUAGUGCUCUAAAGAUUGCAUUAUCUGUGAGAAUAACAGUUGAAAUAUGGUGUGCUAAAAUGGCACUUCAGCAGGAUGACAGCAUUUCCUUAGAGGUGUGACGGAAUGGGGAGAGUAGGGGGAACUGCCUCUUUGCUGCUCAUUUUUUUUGUAUUUUUACCAAUACUUGGGAAUUUAGUUCUGAAACUCUCUGACAGCUCUCCAACCCUUUGGUAAUAAUAUUUUUUCCAUGUUUUGGGAAAAUAAUCAGAAAAACAAGAGAAAACCAUGUAUUUUUGUAGGAAAACUCUGUGCAGUGUUUCAUAAUGUCUGGCUUGUUCAUGUUGAACUGGCACCCUGGCUAUCUGGAGAUGUUGUAUUUCCUACCUCUGUAAGUCUGAGGCAAACUGAACAUGUAGUCUGUGGUCUUUCUGAGUCACUUCUGGUGUCUGCAGUCGUGACGUUUGCAAAGAGAAAACUUCCAAAAUAUUAUGGAGGUAGGUGAGACCCAGGCUGUGUGUGAUGUGUGACUGAUGUUAGAGAAAUUGAUAAUUCUGGCUCUGUUCACAUUUAUGUAUAGUGAAUAUAACUGCAUCUUACAAAGACAACUACAUUUGAUGGGGAACUAAAGGCUUCAAGGAUGAAUAAUUUUCUAUAACUUCCAUAAAACUGACAGCUGAGGAAAGAAGAGAAAUGAAAAUAAAUGCUUCUUUUGAGAGAGCAAAAUCUGUUCUAGAUGGCUGACUUGUCAGUCCAUGGAAACACUGGCCAGCGAUCAGCCUUUUGCUCAGCAAGUAAAAAGGGAUGUAGGAGAGUACUGCAAGUGUUUUGUGGCAAGAGCAGUCACAAGAAAAGAAAAAAAGCAAAGCAGCUGGGAGCAUGAGAGUAGCAGCUGUCUGACAGAAAUGGUGGAGUCAAUAUGCUCUGUCCAUGCUGCUGCUCAGCCUGAAGCUUGCCUUGUCUAACUCUAGGAGUGUGUGUGUGGGUCCAUGUAUAGGAUUAUUGAUGGGAAAUAUGGCAUUGCAUGCAAGGGACUGAAGUUGUAUUGUUCUUCAAGAGGGAGGUCACACCAUGGGAUAGGACCAUACUUCUGCGUAAAGACAGGCACAGUCAAAUCCAGGAGGCUAUCUGUAAGGGUUAGCCAUGAGAAAUCAGCAUCUCACAGCCAAGGCAAACUUUGGGCAGACAGUUUAUAUCCAUGCAGCAUUUACUUAUUGAUUGAUUCCAGUUCAUUGAUGUCAGUGCCCUUAUUCGAAUCUCAUUGCUUGUAUUGCUGUAUUUUCCUUGAAGCAAAUUGAAAUCUUAACGUUUAUUUUGUUAGUGGAAUUCCCUACUCUGGCUUCUCUAUUUCCACUGCCAGUCCCUGAAUUUCUCUGAUAGUAUAGUUAAAGCUGCACAAGUUUUUGCAAGGUUGAAAGCUACUGCAAUUCAUCUUCAAUAAAAACUAUUUCAGACUGGCCAAAUUAUUUGUUAAUGUUCCUAGCUAUUAAUUUUAUCAUAGAAGUGACAAGUUACAGAGUGCUGGAAUCAUUGUUCUGUAUAGGAAGCAUUGCCCCAUGUUUGCAAGUAGAACAAAUUAAAUCCCUUUACAAGAGCUGUUCAUGUACUGAAAUUGCUCUAGAUACAAUCCUUUUUGGGCUGUAUAUGCUUUUGAGUAAAUCAAGACUGAUUUUUGAACUUGCGCCAAAACUAUGUAAACCUCCUUCCUGUUGAUUAUGAAGCCUUUGGAGCUCCUUCUAAAACAGACAAGAAAUCAGAAGCCAGCAAACUAAAAUCAUAGAGAAGGGGUGUGUGUGCUUGUGAGAAUAAAAACAUUUAUAAUUUUGGCACAGACCUUGCUAUAAUAUCUAAGGACUCUUAUUCACAAAUGUAUUUUUAUAUUUUUGCUGAAAUGAAGAUAACAAGUUUGCGGUGAACCAGCUACAAAAGUCAAAGGUCCAAGCCUCUGUUACAGCUUAACUUUUGUAGAAUAUAGAAAUAUUGGCCAUUUUGUCGACUUGACUACUUUCACCUUUUUGUUAGUUUCAUCAAAAUGGUGUCAUAACAUACCCUGCUGAGUUUACACCUCUGUGGGAGCUGGAACUCAGCAAAGGAUCUGCUUUUUCAAACUGAAUGACUGAACUGUGGUAGUUAUGUAAAAUCCUUUGUCUAUAUAUCUUCAUGGAAAUUGUUUUAGUAUCUGGCUCACCCUUGCCUGUAAUUAGUAGGGAGAAAACGAGCAAAGAAACUUCUGAUCCAGAACUGCCUGCUUUGGUUCUUUUCUUCAGCUCAAUGGAGUAGUAAGUAUUGGAAGAAGUCCAGGUUGUAUGGAGGACAGGCAGUUCUUGAAGAGUUGGGUGGUGCUGGAAAAAAGGAAGAUCAAUUCAGUGGCGUAACAAAUUGUAGUGUAGCAAUUCUUGAUAAUAAAUCCCCAGUUCUAAGCAACUGUAGGACAUUUUCAUUUGGUAAUGACUGUGAAAAAUGGACAACCUAUGACCUACUGAUGGUUUUCUGCAGGACAGCAGCAAAGCAAAAUGCUACAAGGAGGGGAAACUGAUUAAACGGAAAGGGAAAUACAAUGGAACAAAGAACGAUGAUGAAAAAUCUCUUUCCAUUCCCUCCUGCCAAUCCCUCCCCAAAAUUCAUAUAUAAAAUGGACUAACGAGCUAGUAUCCUGAGUCAUUAUCUCCUUCAUAAAGUUACAUGGUGAUAUUUCCAAUACCUGAUACUUCCUAGUAAACAAAAUUCAUCAGACCUUGUCCAGAAAUGCCUAUUCCCUGGCUCCAUGGCUGUUUGGGGGGGUGCUCUGGGGGCUGAGGCUGUUGUGGUAUGCUGUGACCUCCCUAAUGGGACCUGCUUCUAAUGUCAUGUGGUUCCAUCAGAUCUCCCUCUGGGAUCAUCUGGACCUGUAUUUGUGCCCCAAGAAGUCAUCCUAAAGGAUAUCUCUGCUCUAUCCUUCCUGAUGACCAUUCUCCUUGGGGUAGAAGUGUGAUUUAAAAAAUCAGCCAUAACGUAGCUAAUAUACAUUAUUGUUUUGAAUCAUCUUCUGAAGUGUUGAUAAAUCCAACAAGAGUUAGCUCCAAAUUGAAAAUAUGACUUUGGUUAGGUGUGGAUAAUUCCAUCACUGGAAAACGGAAAAGGGAUGGAAGAAGGCUGUGUUUUUCAAAGCAGACAUUGUAAAAUAGCUUGUCUUUCCUUGAAUUCCCCAAUUUUGUUACUUGGAAUCUAUCAGAUGUUUGACUUUCUGGUAGUUUUUGAAUAGAACAAUUAUUAAAAGAUUUACUGUCCUCUUUGUUAAAUAUUAACAAACUAAUUUUCCUGAGUGUAACACAAAUAUCCAACAGGAGGCUUAACGUGUUCUCCCUAGCUGAUAUUUCUUUGACAGCAGUGAGAACUUAAACAGCUACUUAUUCCUCCCCAAUUAUUCAUUUUCUUCAAUUUGUAUUACAGCAGGUUGAGCCCUAGUGUAUUCAACCUCUUCAGCUUAAUGCAUAUACUUAAAAAUGAAUCUCACUCUGUCUUUCCAGCUGUAAAAAAAAAAUAAAAUAAAAAAAAAGUUGUUAAUUGAAAAUAUUUGCGUAGGUUUUCUCUACCAUCAGGAGAGUCAGGCACCUCCAGGUGGUGAUUCAUGCUUUUUUCUGAACGUGGGCUGCAUUCAGAGGUCUCUGCGGGACUCUGGAAACACCCCAGCUGUGUCUGCAAGGCUAAGCUGUGCAGGCCAGAGCACAACCUGAAGCGUUUUCCCUGGCCAUGUCUAGUUUGCCUGUGCGCGUACUGCUGCGGCUUUGCCAGGUGCCCGGCGAUGCUGCCCUAGCCGGCAGCCGGGCGCUGCGGGGGGCCCGGGGUGCAGCUCGGGGACCUGCUCCCCGUAGCCCAUGGGGAUGGUGCCAGCUGGGUCUGAGGAGUUUGGGUCACCCGGGUGGAGGCAGCGGGUACGUUCAGGGCAGCAGCACGAGGGGAUAAGGCUGUUGGCUGCUGCUGGGACUUGGCAGUCACCAGAGUGGCUCCGCUGCGAUCUGCCGUGGGUACAAUUCAGCAAGUGCUGUUGCAGACCAGGUCCUAGAUAAUUACCUGUGGCAAGGUUAGCCCUCUCCUGCUUCACAGUCUUAAGUGCUGGGCUUACUGGAAAUGAUGGCAGCUCAUCCCUUUGGAGACCAGGCUGUGUCUUGCCCUGAAACACUUUUGAUCACUGGCAAGUCUCAGAAGGGCCUAAUAAAACUGCAUCUUAAAAUAAUAUACAUGUACUCUCUGCUUCUGUCAAGUUGGUCAACUUUCUGUUGAGCUGAAUAUUCAUCCUGUUUGGGUCCCUCUAAGGCAAGUGAGCCUUUAGCACUCAGACCACCUGGAACUUACUGUGCUAUUUGGUGUCUUCACCUUCCAAGUUAAACCCUUUUUCCUUUUAGACUAGAUUUAACUAUUAUGAGUGAAUCCAAAGUGAGUGUAAGAAAGCAAGACCACAAGUAGUUGUUCUCUGGGUUUAUGAAUAAGCUGGUGUUCAACAAAACACUGAAGUACCUUUUGAAUAGUUCCUGUUAAUUUCUAAUUGUAUAUUCAAUGAAUUGUUUUGCUCAGAUGGGACCCGUAGCAAAGAUGAGUUGCAUAAUUUUCUGUUUAUUGGAAGGGAGCAAUUACAGAUGCAUAAUAUUUUUUAAGCUAAAUUCUUACCAAGAAGUUAGGAAAUGUAGAUUCUGUGAGAAGCUUUGUCAUUGUGUGAUUACCUUGGUAGCAAAGGAAACAUUUUCACUGAAAAGAGAUGCACAGAGGAAAAGAGAUUUUGAUCAGAACAGUAUAAUCUUGAGCACUAAGAUCCAGAUUUUAGUCCCUGCUCGGAUGUCUUUGACCAGGAUCUUGGUGUGCUGUGACAGUGCCGUAAUCACAACUUCUUUUUCUUCUCUGCAUAUAUUAAUUUUUGUAGAAAAUGCCUGAACACUUUUUAAAUAAUCCCUAUGUGCAGUGAAAAUAAACACUCCUUUUUUUCAAGAACACAAGUUUUCUUUUCAAAUAACCAUUGCUCUUAGUGUGCGGAGCAGAACUGACAGAAGAUGUCCAGUUUUCAGGAGAAUGCCAUUUUGGCGUAGUCUGUCAGGGCUCCUGCAAACACGCAAGUUGAUUGCUGCCUCUUGAGCUGUAGAGUUUCAGCAGAUGAUACACACUGUGCUGCAAUGACAAUAAAGAAAGAUAUUUUAGCCUCAGAUCUGCCUGCUUGAUGCCUCCCAUAUGCUGAGUGGUAUUUCUUAGUUCUGCAAGGGCUCUUCAAGCGUGGACUUUGAUCCUGAUCACACGUUGACUAAUUUUAGAGGACUGGACUUUCAAUGUACUGAAAACUGAAAUGAGCAUUGAAAUGACUGGAAGUAAGUCCUUCAGUGGGUCACUUGGUCACAUGGCAGGGUUUGGCCUGUUACAAAACAGACCUGUCCAUAUCUGAAAGCCAUUUUAUCUGAGUAUGAGACUUGUAUAUAUGAGGAUGUCACUGGAAGGUUCACAGGCAAGGACUGAUGCUGCCUGAUGCUGCACAGGCAAGGACUUCCAAAAAACACUGUGUAUUUAUUUAUAUCAGUAAUGAAAUCCCCAUUGAGCCAGUAUUGGAUUAGGUCAGCAUUCUGUGCUCUUGAAACUACUACCCCAUAAGCAUUUCCAAGAAUUGUUCCAUGCACAGGCAGAAACAGUAGAUUUUUCUUUUGUUACUGCUCUUCACUUUGCAUUGAAAAAUGGAAUUAAGUGUCAAUCAGAACUCUUAUCUACCCUUUUUGGAGGUCUCUGUAGACUGCCUAGAUACUAUAUAGGCACACAAUUGUAUAAAUAUAAGCAAAAUAGCUGAUAGCCUGAAGUUUAUAGCUCAAACACUGAUUAGUAUCUUCAAGAAUUACUUUAAAAUCAUUUAGUGAGAAAAAAAAAAAUUGCAAAAAUUUUACAUGUGGAAAAGAUGCCAUUUUUUUUUCUCCUAAAAUACACUAAUAACUGAACAAACUAUAUGUUAGAGAUAUGUGAGUGUUUCCCCUGGUUUUCAAGUUAUUCUACACUUCUAGCUUUGUAUUCAAGUCCGUAUCUCUUCAAAGCUUCCAACUGUAGACUACUCUGUGUGGUGUCGUUAGGUAAAAAAUUAAGUGUUAUACUCAAUUAUAGUCAAAAAAGAAAGAAAAACUCAAGAUUCAGAUCUUCUGAAGUCUGUUACUGUUUAUGUACUGCCAUUUAGUCUUUGUGUCUAAAGAACUAGACAAAGAUCAGAAAGGAGAUAAAUAUGCAAGAUGACAGUCUUGUAAAGAUAAAGGGAUGCAAGCGCAUAUUUAAAUUCUUGGCUGAAUUGGGACCUAAAGUUAUUAACAGAUGUUGGGUCUUUAUUCUUUUGCUUCUCUUUCCCUCAGUUCUUGUUGUAUUGGGGUGAAACCUGCUGUGUUCACAAGUUGUUUAAAAUCUCCUUUGCACUACAGUGAAAUUUCCUCUGGGCUCUAAACCUCAACAUGUAAGAGAGAGACAUAAACAACUUCAGGUUUAUUAAUACCAAGUGCAAGCAAGCUCGUAUGAAGUAUUUCAUGUCUUCCUAGUACUAAUUACUAUAUUAAUUUAAAAUGAAGGCUUUCUUAUUUCUGAUACUACUUACCCCAGAAUGUUUGAAAUCUUUCUUCCUGCGGUGAUUUCUCUGUCAGGUGAAUGGAGGUUGUAUUUAGCAUAGAUGUUUUGAGAGUUAGUUAACUCAUGCUUGGGAAGUAAAGUGAAAAACCCAGAAAUUGUAUAAAAUAUAAAGAUUUAUCUGCUUUGAACAGUGAGAACAAGCAAACAAAUAAACCCUUUUAUCUGACUGAAUUUAUGCUGCUGUGUUAAAAUCCACCCUUAUUGUUAGUAGGUACAAUAAAGACUUUACCUUCAGAUAACACAUAGAUUGUAGGAAAAUGAAAAGCCAUACAUUUUAAUGAGAAAAGGAAGUUUUCUUCUCUCUGCCCUGCCCUUCAAUUUAUAAGCCAAGUUCUUUGCUCUCUUUUGCUGUUCUGAUUCCCCUCUGGUCAAUAGAAUUGCCUAGAUUUUAACCAGCUGUCUGUUCUCAAACCUGAGGGAAUUCAUCCUAUGAAAAUUUUAAAUUAAGAUAUUUUAAAGCAAUGCCAGAUUAUGCUACUUAGUUAAAGGUUCCUAUUCUGUAAGGUACUGAUUUUUUUUCCACAACUGUAACUCAUGAGUAGUUUAUGCUAUUUGUUGGUCACUUUUGUAAGGCAGAUAUCUUACUGCAUUUCAAACAUCUGCUGCACUAAGGUGUCACAGUCUGAAAUCAAAUCAUGAUAUAAGUCAUGUCCUUGUUUCAGCAAGUUGCAUAGAAGUGAUCCAUGUACUGCUCUUAUCUGUCAGGUAUAUUGUGUGAGCCAAGUGAAAAUGAAAAAAGGAUUUUUCUACAGUGUGAAGCCUCACCAUUGACUGGUUGUAUCUGGGAAAUAGAUAUCCUCAAGUAAUUUAUUGUCGAUGAUGGAUCUGCUGCCUGCUAAUGUUUCUACUCAUUGUCAAAUAAUUUUGUUAGACUUUGUUGAUAUAAUGAUAUGAUCUUUUCCCCUGCUAUUUGACUGCAAUUUUUCUUUUCUGAUAGUUUUUGCAGGGAAUAAAUCUUUCAUUAUUCUCUUUUUUUUUAACAACAAUUUAUAUUUAAGGCUCAACUCUAGUCUCAGAUGCUGGUUGUAUUAACAAUGUUGGUCUUGUGCUUUUUUCCUGUGUUGUGCACAGUAUCUUCUUUUCAUAAUACUAUGUAUGAUGAUCAACAAUGAAGUCUCGACAAAUUAUCAUCCUCUUAACCAUUACAAGUCUUUGAGAACUGAAAAUUCUUCUGGCUUUUGUAAAACCAUCUGGCUGUAAGUGUCUUCAGGCUUUAGCCUAAAUUGCACACAGCCAAAUCUUGAAUCUUUGCAAUAUCUUAGUGCACUCAUAGUCGAUCUGCAUCAAUAAUAUAUAAAUUAAUUUCCAAAAUUGCUUUCAACCUCAGCAAAAAACAAGGACUAUUUAAUAAACUUUCUUAAUAAUGGCCUGUAACUAUCAUGGUGGUAAAAUUUUUUAAUUUUCAUUUUAUGUCUCAUGGAAGUUACAAGCUCAGACAAGGAUAUAAACAACUUGAAUCAGUAACCAGUCUAGUUGUCCUCUUGUUUUUGGUACCUGUAUUCUUUCCACUGAUCUUAUUAUUUUUUCAUUUUUUUCUUUUGUUUGCAUCUCAGUGCAGUGAAUAUCUUUCAGAUUCUUAUCCAAUACCAAAAUUAUUACUAUGUGUAAUGUGGAGGAAUUGCACUUAGUAAGGUUUCUGUUCCACUGUAGAGUUUGCUAGUAGUCUGCAUUUUAAAUGAAGGGAAGUUUUAUCCUCUUCUCGAGGGAGAACUGUUUGGGUGAGAAAGCAGGGCAUUAAAAACGACUGCCUGGGUCUUGUUCUGCUUGUGCAGAAUACCUGCACUGAGGGCAGAGGGCAACCCCUGGCUUCUGAGCCUCCUGGGGCUUUGGGAGAUGCUCAGGGGUGCUGCCUGGGCUGUACCUUUGUGCUGAGCAGUGGGGCCGGGCUGGCACAGGUUUGGGUAGUCCCAGGACUGCCGGGUGCUCACAAUCCAGCUGGGCAAGAGGAGAGCCAGCGGGGCAGUGGAAGGUGAUAUGAGACCCGGGAUGAAAUGUGCAGCGUGGUCCCAGCCCUCGCUUGGUGGGGGCUGAGCAGGAGCUGCUGCCGUCUGCUCCCUGCUGCGUGCUCCCUGCCCGGGUUGGGGCACGGGGCACCCGGUGCUCCGACAUAGCCAGCCUCACUAGCCCUGCUGGGGAAGGAUAGUUUUGAAUCUGGGUAAUCUCCCAGCUGGGAACUCGUGGAGAAUGGUUAUGUUGUCCCCUGCUCUGCCUUUGCUGGUCCUGAGCAAGCGCAUCGCCAGAGCUGGGUGCUGGGAGCUACUCUUGGCCGAGUGGCUCCGCACUGCAGCCUCGCGGUGCCGCAGCAGAGCCGAGACAUCUGCUGAGGGACCAGCUAGCAAGGGCAUGGGCUCUCUUGAAAGCAGAAGAAACUUCAAGUGCAACAGUUAUAACAAUCAAAUAGCAGCAAGGCUCUUUCUCCUUUGUUGUAGAAGGGAAGACAGUGCGAAGCAUUUUCAUGCCAUGCUUUAGCCACUUAAAGGUCAAGAGCAAGAAGUUUGAAUGUGCGGUUUGCUGUAAAUUAUGAUUUUUUACCACAAGCAUAGGAUAGGAAUGUCUCCAAUUUUUAUUUAGAAACCUAUUUUUUUAAAAAAAAAUACAAAUUUGAGGACAGUUAUUAGUAUCUAAGUUAACAACUGAAAUCUUGUAGAGUAAUUUUUACAUUCUCCAGCUCUGGCAGUUCAAGGGGACACAGCAAUCCUGCCUUCAUGGUGGAAAUCCUUUAAGGACAUCUAAGUCUUUCUGUUUCUUGGGUAUACCAGACACUUUGCUUUAACUUAUGUCAGUGCUGGUUCCAUCUGGCUGUUUCUGAAAGCUCAAGAGAAAAGCAAACAAACAAAGACAUGAACGAAAUUAAAGGUGCCUCGCUGUGAUAUUUUUAUAGAGUGGUACAUUGCUUUGAUAAUGAACUGUGAAAUGUAGCAUGUGGAUGAUGAUGAAUGUAAAAGACUGCAUGUGUUUUUAUUUGAAUGUUGUGUCCAUGAGCUGGAUUAUUAGUAUGAGUUCUGUAGUGUAAAAAUACUGAAAAGAUAAGUGAAAUGAAAAGCAGUUUUUUGCAGUGAACCACAUCCUCUUUUGUCUAUCUCCCUGUUCACAACUGGUCUCAGAUUCUGGUAAUGUAAACUUUACCAUCAGGGUGGUAAUAAACAAAAUGCUGUAUUCCUAAAGUUAAA